CUCAACUCAAAGCUAAUAUCACAUCCCUCCGGAACCCAUUAUCAUGGAUUAUCAGAACCGCGCAGGCUCCAAAUUCGGAGGCGGAGGCGUCGCCUCCCAUUCCGCCACGAACGCUGACCGGCGCGAACGACUCCGCAAACUGGCGCUCGAAAACAUCGACCUCGAAAAGGACCCCUACUUCUUCAAAAACCAUGUAGGCAGCUUUGAAUGCCGCCUCUGUCUAACUGUCCACCAAAACGACGGCUCCUACCUUGCCCACACCCAGGGUCGCAAGCACCAAACCAACCUCGCCCGCCGCGCUGCUCGCGAACAGAAGGAGGGCAAGGGGCAAGAUGGCUCCCUCCUACCCGCCGCGAUGGGCGUGCAGGUGAAGCGCAACACAGUCAAGAUUGGCCGGCCGGGAUAUAAAAUCACCAAGACGAGAGAUCCGCUCACGAGGCAGCAUGGAUUGCUGUUCCAGCUGCAGUAUCAGGAAAUCACACCGGGGGAAGUACCUCGAGUGCGGUUUAUGUCGGCCUUUGAGCAGAAGGUUGAUGACCCACCGGAUAAGGAUUUCCAAUAUUUGCUUGUUGCGGCGGAGCCGUAUCAGACAUGCGGUUUCAAGCUGCAAGCUAGGGAGGUGGAUCGGAGUGAGGGGAAGUUCUGGACUUGGUUUGAUCAGGAUAGUAAGGAGUUUUGGAUACAGGUGAUGUUCAAGACGGAACGGGAGGAGCGGUAUUCUGGCGUGCCGGGUCUUGGACCUGUACGAAGAUGAUUGAUGUAGUCAUUGCAUUUCGUGGCACUUUUCGCCUGCGUUCUUUUCUAUCUGUUAUUUUCUCGAUGGAGUUCUAUGGUAUUGCGCGGAGUUUGGCCAAAGGGAUUUCGAUACCUGCAUUAAAAUAAUGGGGGCUAUGGGCUAAUAAUACAUUCGUAUAUGGGUGAUUUAUCUAAACUUAUUCAAAUAUGACCUUUGCGCGCUGCGUUAUUCUAUUCCAUGAUAUCGCGAAGAUGCUCUGUUCUCUUGUGAUGUAAGUUAGAAUACCCUGACCAUGGUUUCGUUCAGAGCGAGUGCAAUAUAGAGGAAAUCACACUGUAUUGUCAUAGCAAAUAUGAUAUGCUCCAAAUGAGCUAGUGAUCUAACCUAUGCAAGCUCAGUUAAAAUAAAGUUCCAUUACUAGGAUGUUUAAGGCACGCAAAAUGUGUCAUGUCCGAUAUUGACCAACACCCAGCUCGUUCAAAAUAUCCAUAUCUCGCUGAACAGAUCAGCCUCAUACGGACAGUUGGAAAUCUGGUGAAAAGCAGCAGGAAAGCCCAGAUGAGAUAAAUAAGAAAAUAGAAAAGAAAGAAGAAAAAGAAAAAAGAAAAAAAGAA